AAUUUGCAGUGAUUGGAAGGCUGGCUCACGAAACAGAGACGGUACGAGUGUGUCCAUUUACGACAGAAGCGCUUCAGAACUGAGAAAGCAUUUCUAAACUGGGUUAUCUCUUGAAGGCAGCUAUCAGCCACGUCUGCCUUCAUUCUCUCCACGCUGUAAGAGGAUUUUAUAUCAAUACAGCGGUCAGAUAUUGGUAAGUUUCCCUCUCUCACACCUGUGCUGAAGCACCCAUGGUGACUAGAUGAGCAAGACUUGGACCUGUCAGUCACCAUCGGACCACCAGCCCACUCCAUCUCAGCAGGACCUCCCACGGCCAACUGAGAAAGACCCAUCAUGCCUCAGCAACAUGGAUCAACCAAUCAGCUAACUGGCCCAGCGGACCCUGUGAGAAGGAAGCUCUGAAGCCCUGACCUCUGAGGCCCUCUUUGCCCCUAAUCUCCCCUCCACCCUCCCCUCCCCUGACCAUCUACCUGUUCCUCGGCCCCUACUCCUGGGCCCGGUGUGCCCUUGCACACGAAAGAGCCGAGAUCGCAGACGCGCACACAGCCGAGAGGAAGACUACAUUUCCAAGCUCGGCUCGUUUCGCAGGUCAAGUCACAAUGCGCGGGACUCUUGUGUGCUUGCUUGAAAUGGGGGUCUGCAUGCUGCUGGUGCUCAGGGUUCAAGCGGGCCAGGGCCAGAACCCGGACGACGUGCUGCACGGUACGGGGAUGAAGUCGGACUCUUCUCGCUCGGGGGACGACAGCACGGUGGCGCCGGAGGACGCCGAGCGCUUCCUCAGCUGCUACUGCUCAGGACACUGCCCCGAGGACGCCAAGAACAGCACCUGCAUGACGAAUGGCCAGUGCUUCGCCAUCAUCGAGGAGGACGAGCACGGCGACGUGUUCCUGACCUCGGGCUGCAUGAAGUUCGAGGGCUCCCGCUUCCAGUGCAAGGACACUCCCAGGGUGCAGACAAGGAGGACCAUUGAGUGCUGCCAGAAAGACUUCUGUAACAGAGACCUCCAGCCCACCCUCCCCCCUCCGCCAGACCCAGAGAACCCUCACUGGCUGGCCUUCCUGAUCUCCAUGACGGUCUGCUGCUGCACCCUCAUCUGUAUCACAGUGGUGUGUUACUACAGGUACAAGUGGCAGACCGAACGCCAGAGAUACCACCGGGACAUGGAGCAGGAUGAUGCCUUCAUCCCAGUGGGAGACUCUCUCAAAGACCUUAUCAACCAGUCACAGACCUCUGGCAGUGGCUCUGGGCUCCCUCUGCUGGUUCAGCGCACCAUCGCCAAGCAAAUCCAGACGGUGCGUCUGAUCGGGAAGGGCCGCUACGGGGAGGUGUGGCUGGGACGCUGGCGGGGAGAGAAGGUGGCGGUCAAGGUCUUCUUCACCCGCGAGGAGGCCAGCUGGUUCCGAGAGACCGAGAUCUACCAGACUGUUCUCAUGAGGCACGAGAACAUACUGGGCUUCAUCGCGGCUGACAUCAACGGCACGGGCGCCUCCACGCAGCUGUACCUGAUCACGGACUACCACGAGAACGGCUCGCUGGGCGACUACCUCAAGUUCACCACGCUGGACACGGCGGCGCUGCUGCGGCUGGCCUACUCGGCCGCCUGCGGCCUGUGCCACCUGCACACCGAGAUCUACGGCACGCAGGGCAAGCCGGCCAUCGCCCACCGCGACCUCAAGAGCAAGAACAUCCUCAUCAAGAAGAACGGCACCUGCUGCAUCGCCGACCUCGGCCUGGCCGUCAAGUUCAAUAGUGACACCAAUGAGGUGGACGUCCCCCUGAACACGCGCGUGGGCACGCGGCGAUACAUGGCGCCCGAGGUCUUGAACGAGACCUUGAACAAGAACCACUUCCUGGCGUACAUCAUGGCCGACAUCUACAGCUACGGCUUGGUGGUGUGGGAGAUGGCACGGCGCUGUGUCACCGGAGGAAUAGCUGAGGAGUACCAGCUGCCAUACUACGAGAUGGUGCCGUCAGACCCGUCCUACGAGGACAUGCUGGAGGUGGUGUGUGUCAAAGGCCUGCGGCCGACUGUGUCCAACCGCUGGAACAGCGACGAGUGCCUGCGAGCCAUGCUGAAGCUGAUGUCCGAGUGCUGGGCCCCCAACCCCGCCUCGCGGCUCACCAUCCUCCGGGUCAAGAAGACCCUCGCCAAGAUGGUGGAAUCGCAAGACAUCAAAAUCUGAGCACUCCCAGCCCUCCCAAGUCUUCUCCCAUCACUCCCUCUCUCUCCCUCCCACACACUACUUCACUCUCAGGUUCUGGUCAGGAACAGGGGCUUUGAACUUUGAACUCUCAGAGACAAUGAAUGAAGUGCUCAUGCUGACAGGAGAUGAGACACACUCACACACACACACACACACACACACACACACACACACACAGAUGUGACAUGUGUACACUGCUGGUUCGUGUGAUGACUGUGACCGAGGACAAUGGAAACUAUGCCAGCAUAUGGACGUGGUGUGUGUGCAUGUGUGUGUGUGUGUGUGUGUGUGUGUGUGUGUGUGUGUGUGUAUCUGUGUGUCCCCAUGCUGUGAUGAUGGCAUGUGUGUCUUCGUCUCCACCUGAAACCCUUCUCUGGCCAGAGCAGGAGAGGACCGUCGUCUUCCUCAGUGCUUUCUGUGAAAGCUGGAUUCUGUGCAAGGAGAGGAAGGACAAACCUCCACACACACACACUACACCACAAGAUGAGAAUACGAGACUACACACCGAGACUCAAAUGGAAACGAAAAACGAACUAACUUUACUGCCUUAGAGAAAUUCCUCGGCCAAUCUUUUGUUGUCAAUGUUUUUGUUUUAUAUUUUUUUAUUCCUUCCCCUUGCUUCCAGCUCAAUCCAUUUAUGUUUGUGCCGUUUCUGCCUCCUGCCAUAACACUACACCAAGGUACUAUUCUUAACUCCCGACCUCCUCUGCGUUGUGCUUUUUGAAGGUCAUUCUGGUCUAGCAAGUCUGUAGGUUGUGUUGCUAUAGUAAUGGGACAGGUCAUAUGAGGCCUUGUCCUGAGGCUGCAGAAUGAUUGUGGUGCUACUGUGUGACAAGUGUCCGUCUGGUCAUUUUGGCUGCUUUUUUUAAUUUUUUUUAAACCAGGUCCAUGAACACAAUAGCAAAGAUGGUUCAUGCUGUAGCCAUGCCGCUGUGCUUCUCUGCUUAUCCUCAGCUUACCUUAAGACACCUACCUAAUGCACACACACACACAAACACGUGCACACAUACGCGCAUAUACCAUUAGUUCACUAUACGGAAGUGUCCUGGAGUUCGAGAUGCAGCCUUAUAGCAAUGCAUUUGCCAUUCAACAGUCCAGCUAGUGUUCUCCCCUUUCACUCAACCUGCCUGGACGCAGGUUCUCAGGAGUCUUACUAUGCAAGCAUGUUUUUGGGGGAAGGGUCAUGACCCCUUUUCCCUCCGAAAACAAACAGCCCUUCCUGGUAUGAUGUGGCAGCUUCACGGGGAGGUGGCAUUGAGGUGCGCCCGUGGCACUUUGUCAAGAGAGGACGAGUGGCAGAGAGCACUAACUGUUUGCCUAGUGCAUGGCUUAGAUACUGGACUUGACUUCUCAUUGGUUGGUUUAAAGCCGCGACGCGUAAAAUGGGCAGUGCUCAUGAAAUGGUACGGAGUGUGUGUAUAUGAGCUCCUCACUUUCCUGUGAUAGUGUGUCGGCUCAUGACUGUUUCUCUGCUUACUUUAAAAAGACAUACAACAAUAUGCCAAUGUUUUCACGUCCAGCAUACCUUUAUACUUGUACAAGCUUUAACAGUGUAGCAUGCUUCCAGCCAGACAUGUCUUAGCCACCAUUGCCUUGCCUAGGCCUCUGCAGGUCCAAAGAGUACUUGUUCUUUGCAAAAUUUGCUUUUUGUCUGAGCAAGGAGACCCAACAGGCAGUCAGAUCCAGCGGAGAGUCCAAGAAUUCUGUCAGGCUCCUUGGCUAAGUUGUAGAGCCUUUUUUUUGUUUUGUUUGUUUAUUUCCAUAGAUUCCAGAGAUCAAAAGUAUGACCAGGCAAAGGCCUGUUCCGGUUGAAUUAUCAGAAAAAUAGGCAAGACAAAAAAGGGUCAUGCAUUCCAUGACACAGUUCUCCAACUGACUCUCUGCAAGUGCGUACGGAUUGAGUUGGAUUUCGAUAUGGUCCAUAAUGUCACAGUGCAAUACAAUGCUUUCAGUGCUCUGUUUUCAAAUAUGCUCUCUGGAAGGGACAGCUGUAACUCUGUCGGGCAUAUCAACUCAGACCUUGUUUGUGGUUUGUCUUCAUACCAUCGAGUUUAUAGGGCUGAUGAUUUCUGCCUGACACCUACCAGUAGACAGCAACUACAGGAACUAGUGAAAACUCAUGCUCGUGCAAUAUUAACUCAGAAAUGACCUCACUCAUGUUCACACACUUUGCUUUAAAUGUCAGCGCUACCCUAUCUUUAGAGUUCACUAACUGAUGCUUCCUCCCGAAAAAAAAAAAAAGAUUUUUAUGCACAUAUUCUGUAAUGUGUUGUCAACAAAUAUGGCUUUAUUUAUCAGUGUUGAUCUCAAUAUUGGUACAGGAAUCACUCUGAGAAAAACAUUAAUUUGGGUAACCCUUUGUUUUAACUUGUACAUAUACAAAUGACACAAAAAUCAAUUCAAGAUUAACCUAAAUAUAUUAUAACUCUUUACAGAGUGAUAUUUGAAAGAAAAUAAUGUUGAAAAAUAAUGCUUAACACCUGAUAAAAUACGAGAAGACACAAUUACUAUACACAAUGGCUUUCUCCUCAAACAUUGCUCCAUUCCGUUGUGUAGCCUUCUGAUCUUCCUAUGUGUCCCUUUCGCUACAGCUUUGCCAGUACAUAGUCAAAGAGUGCAUCUUAUAGCCAAGUAGAUGUAGGGUUUGGAGCUACUCCACUUCCUCUGUGUCUCUAAUGUCAGCCUUUAGUCUCCUGAGAAAAGUAGUGCAUUGAAUGUCCACUAUUGUGCAUUGUUUCAUAAUCAUGAAGAGUAUAGAUAUGAGGUGACCGGCAUGUUUUUUGUGUACGUGUGUGUAAAUGCGGAGAUAUUGAGAGAGAGAGUGUGUGUGUGUGUGUGUGUGUGUGUGUAGGUGCACAUGUGUAUGUCAAAUUCGCACGUCCAAGAACUUGUAUUUGUAAAAUUUGCAGUUAUGGAAUAAAGCAUAAUGUACAUAUGGUAGAUAUUUAAAUAUGCUUCUCCAGAAAACCACAAUUAGUCAUGUUUUGGUGUAAUAUUCAAGAAAGUUAUCUAUAUUAACCCCCUAAUAUGUAAUUGCCUUUUUUGUACAGCAUCUGGUUGUAAAGGUGCCUUAUGAGUUUACUAAAGAAAGCAUACUCUGUACAAAGACUGUUCAUUGUAUCACUUUAUAAGUAAAUAACAUUAUUUUAGUACACAACCUUGUGACGCUCCUUUU